AUGGGUGAGCAGCAAGGCAACCCACCACAACGCACCAGCCGAAACCCGCGGGGCAGCAAAUUCGGGGCAGAGGGAGUGCCGCGCCCCAAGCCGCAGGAGGCCAAGCACCAGAGCCAAGAAGGCGUGACCUUCAGCAGACCAGCCUCCGUAUCCCACCAGCCACCAGAAGCCAGACCACCCUGCCACCCCCAGAACCAACGGCACAGCACCCACGCACCGAAGCAACACCCCCGACAAGCCUGCAGACAGACCGGGGAAAGGCAAAAAACAGCCCAGCAAAGCAUAAGGACGCCCAAGCGCCCGGCAGAGCACUACGCCCCUGGCAGACCUGGCCCCAAGGCACACUCUUCCCACCCCCUGCCCGACACCCAGGCCCAUGGUCCCCGCGAGCAGGACCAAGCCCCACCCCAUCACACAGCCCGGCUCCCCAGGCAGCGACCACAGCGUAGCAACCCCAAGCCACCACGGCGGCAUGCAGGUCACCAGUAUCACAGAGAAUGCCACCCCCCCACGCCGAGGGAGACAGCGACCAGCCCGGAAACUGAAGAGACCAGUCAGACACCAGCAAGCAGCGGGGACCUCUGCCAGCCCCCCACCAGAACCGCCCCCAAGCCCCCCUCCAAGGCCCCAUCUACAGAUCCGGACCCCCACACCCCCAACCACCAGCCUGCCCCAGGGGGACAGCCCAGCAAAAAAUGA